AUAUAUUAUGACUGAGCAGUUUAAGUAGAUGCAUUGCAAGAUGUUCAAUGAACGAACAGUUCGCGUUUUGCCGAUCCUAAAAUAUAACAUUUCAAAUAUUUAUUUAGACAUAACAAAGACACCGUUAUCAAAAUUAUAAAGAAAUAAUGAUUUAAUUGCAAAACAAAAUUAUGCAAGAUCAGCUGUUUGGUAUAAAAGCGGCCAUAUUGGAUUCUUAUUUAUAGUUCUAAGAUAUUUAUUGAAGGGCGAAGGAAAUAUGGCAUUCAGCCUAUUAUUUAUUUUAGUUUUAUUUAUCGAUUUAAGACAAGUUAUUUGUCAAAAAAUGAAAACGAUGAUAGUUGAGACGGAACAGGGCCAAAUCGAAGGGUAUUUAGCUUCUGUCAAAACAUAUUAUGAAUUUUGUGGAAUCAGAUAUGCCGUUACCAAAAGUAGAUUUACGGCCCCAGAAGAGCCCCCGCAGCACAAGGGGGUAUUUAAAGCCGAAGACCGGUUAGUCUUCUGCCCCCAAUUCCAAGCACAGGACAUAUUUGCGAAAGCCAGUGAAAACGAGGACUGUCUCAUACUAAACGUCUACGUCCCUAUAUGGCUCAACAGCCCAUUAGUGCCAGUGAUGGUAUUUCUCCACGGGGGAGAUUUUGGCGUCGGGAGCAGCUCCCCCACUUUUUACGGACCCAAAUUCAUUAUGCCCCAAGAAGUUAUAGUAGUCACUGUGAAUUAUAGACUAAAUGCCUUCGGAUUUUUAAAUUUAGGCACUAAAGAAGCGCCCGGCAAUGCUGGGCUAAAGGAUAUAAGAGCGGCUUUAAGAUGGGUACAGAAAAAUAUACGUAAUUUUGGAGGAAACGAUAGACUUGUCACGGUCGUGGGGCAAGGCAGUGGUGGGAUGGCGGCUGUAUAUUUAACUCUAUCGAAAUCGUGCAGAGGAUUGUUCCAUAGAAUAAUUUCGUCCAGUGGUACUUUGUUCAGUGCGAAAUCGUUUGAUCCAUUUCCCUUAGCCACGGCCUCGCAAGUAGCUAAAGCGUUAGGCUUAAACUCUGUGGACCCUGAAAAGCUAACAGCCUUAUACAUGAACGUCUCAAUCAAUAAAUUGGAAGAAGCCAUAAGCCACCAGAUGAAUGCCAAGUCCACAUUCCUGCCAUCAGUUGAGCAGUUUUUGGACGAUGAGCCAUUUUUAACUGACACUCCAUUGAAUCUCAUGUUAACAAAGAACUUCUAUCCCGUUCCCGCCUUGUUCGGAAUAAACUCGGUGGAGGGAGUAAUUACUGUACUCGAUUAUUACACAUUUACGAGCCAAACAAACAGAUUGCUGAACGGUGAUUAUUCAGUACUUGAUCAAAGGAACUUGAAAGUACCUGCCUCGUUAAUUGGCCAGUACAGAGGUGAUUUAAUGAAGAUAUACUUCCCAAAUGUAGAUACUGAGCAAGCUGCUACGGGGAGCCUUAUCCAAUUUAACACGGAUUUUUUAUUCCUUGGGCCAAUGACGUUCUUAAUGGAGAUCUAUAAAAACAAUUCUAAUGUCGGUGUGUUUCAUUACAUUUUCGAACAUAAAGGGAAAAGGAAUUUAGGUACAUUAUUGACUGGCACGAGUGGGCUGCCGUCGACUACGAAUCUGGACGAUAUGUUCUAUGUGUUUGAUAUAGAGAAGCCAGCCUUAUAUAUGGAUAAAGAUGAUGCAACCAUUGUGGCUUUUAUGGUCGGUUUAUGGACGACUUUCGCCAAGCGUGGACACCCGACGCCCGACGUCCCGGAGGAAGACAUAUGGUUGCCAUACCCCAAAAUAAUCAAAAUCUCCAUCCCGGAUGCAGGAUAUACGAGACCACUGAACGAGUAUGGCGCUUCCUUAUGGCGAGACGCUUUUGAUGCGUUUGGACGUGAAAUUAAUUAGUAAUCGAGCUGCAGUUUUAGAUAAGAUAAUUUUAUUGUCACUUUCGUGAGACAUAUUAAAUUAAUUAUUAUUAUGCUAUCGGCUUACUCACGUAACUGUUUGAUGAGGAACGCGACUAGUUUCAAGCCAUGCUAGAGGCUCAUAUUCCUCGUCAGUCGAGUUCCUCGUCAAACAGUUACGUGAGUAAGCGGAUAACAUAAUAAUUAAGAUAAAAUAAGAUAUUUAUUUUUGUAAAACAUGAGUACUAAUGUUUUUCCAUUUGAGGCGUACAAAAUAAAGGCAUUAAGCCAAAGAAAAAAUGUCAGCAUUAAAAUGU